AUGGAAUCAUUUUUUGCAACCAAUUCUAAAAAGUCCCAGUUCAGUGGGAACUUUUUCAACUCAUCAGAUUUAACCUCAGUACAACAAACUCACUUACUGAAGAUGUAUUCCUCCAUUAUCGCUGGUUCAUUCGUAACAGUAUUUGGUGUGACUGCAUUUAUUAAUGGAAUGGUAAGACUCAAUUCACUUAUUAGUCUUUUGCUUGGUAUUGGGAUCACAUUUUAUUUAACUGGAUCAUCAUCUAACAAGAGUUCCCUCUCUAUCACCCGUUUAGCAGCUUAUUUGAUGCUUUGCUUCGUUAUUGGAAAUGGACUUGGUCCCAUGAUCUUAUUUGGGAACUAUGUUAAUCCUGUAAUCAUUCCAACAGCUCUUGUAACUACAUGCAUAAUUUUUAUUUCAUUAUCUUUUGGAGCUUUAUUCACUAAAAAAAGACUUUCCCUUUAUACAACUUCAUUCAUUUUUACAACUAUUGCAUAUCUUGGACUCGUCUCGUUCUUCAAUAUUUUCACAAGAUCCAAAUUCGUUGACUCACUUCUAUCAUAUGCUUUUGUUGUGGUCUACUCCUUUUAUAUAUACUAUGAUACCCAGAAGACUCUAGAAGCUGUCACAUAUGGAGAAAGAGAUUUUCUUCUCCACUCAAUUCAACUCUAUCUGGACGCUGUAAACCUCUUCACCAAAAUCGUAGUCAUCUUAAUUAGGAAACACCAAGAAGAGGAAGAUAAGCGUAGAAAAGGUGAUUAG